GAUGGGAAAGGAUGCAAAUGGCGGAUGCUUGCUCAACGUACUGAACCUGGCAGCUUACCUUGUGAACUUGGCCAUCACUUACGGCUCUUUGACUGGUGCUUUUGGGCCCACCAACAGCAACCUCAGUGCCAAGUACCAUACCCUCCUCACGCCAUCAGGCUUCGCCUUCUCGAUUUGGGGGCCCAUCUUCAUUUGGGAGGGGGUGUUCGCUGUGGCGCAGAUGUUCCCAUCGUAUCGCGCCAACCCAAUCGUUACGACUAUUACUCCCUGGUGGAUUGGCGCAUGCAUUUUCCAGUGCGCAUGGACUCUCUUCUUCGCGCAGGAGGUCAUGAUUGGGGCAAUGGCUUGCAUGUUGGGCAUCUUCAUUUGCCUCAUGGUAGGCAUUUUGCGCCUAGAUUUCCUGGAAAAGAUCUCCACCUGCGACUACUGGCUGCUCAGGGCGCCAUUCUCGCUGCACUGCGGCUGGAUUGUUGCGGCCACUUCUUUGAGCCUGGGCAGUCGUGGUUCUAG